GUGAAGGAGCCCGUCGAGGGCAGCAGUGAGACCGGACACUUCUUACAGGACUGACCCGCAGAGACCCAGCGACGUGGAAACAUGCCUCUGCGACUGGACAUCAAGCGGAGGCUGACGGCCCGAUCCGACCGGGUGAAGAGCGUGGACCUGCACCCCACAGAGCCCUGGAUGGUGGUCAGCCUCUACAGCGGCGCCGUGGUGGUCUGGAACCAUGAAACACAGACGAUGGUGAAAACCUUCGAGCUGUGUGAUCUGCCGGUGCGAGUGGCCAGGUUUGUGGCCAGGAAGCACUGGCUCAUUGCUGGAUCAGACGACAUGCAGAUCCGUGUGUUCAAUUAUAACACACUGGAGAGAGUUCACAUGUUCGAGGCCCACGCUGACUACAUCCGCUGCAUCGCUGUCCACCCGUCACAGCCCUACAUCCUCACCAGCAGUGAUGACAUGUUGAUCAAGCUGUGGGACUGGGACAGAAAGUGGGCCUGCAGUCAGGUGUUUGAGGGCCACACUCACUAUGUCAUGCAGAUUGUCAUCAACCCCAAAGACAACAACCAGUUUGCCAGUGCCUCUCUGGACAGAACCAUCAAGGUGUGGCAGCUGGGCUCCCGGACUCCUAACUUCACUCUGGAGGGCCACGAGAAGGGAGUGAACUGUAUUGACUACUACAGUGGAGGAGACAAACCCUACCUGAUAUCUGGGGCCGAUGAUUGCCUUGUCAAGAUCUGGGAUUAUCAGAACAAAACCUGUGUCCAGACUCUCGAGGGUCACGCCCAGAAUGUGACUUGUGUCAGCUUCCACCCUGGGCUGCCAAUCAUCCUCACAGGCUCUGAGGAUGGUACUGUUCGAGUGUGGCACUCCAACACCUACCGACUCGAAAACACACUCAACUAUGGCAUGGAGAGGGUGUGGUGUAUCUCCGGCCAGCCUGGCUCCAACAGUGUGGCAAUUGGUUAUGAUGAAGGCAGCAUCAUCAUCAAGAUGGGUCGGGAGGAGCCGGCCAUGUCGAUGGACGCCAGCGGCAAGAUCAUGUGGGCGCGCCAUUCCGAAGUGCAGCAGGCCAACCUGAAGGCCAUGGGAGAUGCUGAGCUCAAGGAUGGAGAGAGGCUGAUGCUGGGUGUCAAAGACAUGGGCAGCUGUGAGAUCUACCCCCAGACUAUCCAGCACAGCCCCAACGGGAGGUUUGUGGUGGUGUGUGGAGAUGGAGAGUACAUAAUCUACACUGCCGUGGCCCUGAGAAACAAGAGCUUUGGUUCAGGUCAAGAGUUUGUCUGGGCGCACGACUCUUCACAGUAUGCCACAAGAGAAGGAAACAAUAUGGUCAAAAUCUUUAAGAACUUUAAAGAGAAGAAGGCUUUUAAACCAGACUUUGGAUCUGAAGGAAUAUUUGGUGGUUUCUUACUAGGAGUGAGGUCAAACAACGGUCUGGCCUUCUACGACUGGGAGACCGCUGACCUAGUCCGCCGAAUCGAAAUCCAACCCAAACAUAUUUUCUGGUCUGACUCUGGAGAGCUGGUGUGUAUCGCCACAAAUGAGUCUUUCUUUGUGCUCCGCUAUCUGCCAGAGAAAGUGUCAGCAGCCCUGGAGUCAAAGGAAGCUAUGACCGAAGAUGGCGUAGAGGACGCCUUUGAGGUGCUGGGGGAGAUCUCAGAGGUGGUGAAGACAGGAGUGUGGGUGGGAGACUGCUUCAUGUACACCAGCUCUGUUAACAGACUCAACUACUAUGUCGGAGGAGAGAUCAUCACCAUUGCUCACAUGGACAGGACCAUGUAUCUGCUCGGGUACAUCCCCAAGGAUGACCGUCUCUACCUUGGAGACAAGGAACUCAACGUGAUCAGCUACGCCCUGCUGCUGUCUGUGCUGGAAUACCAAACUGCUGUCAUGAGGAGGGACUUCAGCACAGCCGACAAGAUUCUACCCACAAUAUCCAAGGAGCAGAGAACCAGGGUUGCCAACUUUUUGGAGAAACAAGGUUUCCGGCAGCAGGCCCUGGCUGUGUCCACAGACCCAGAACACAGGUUUGAACUGGCUCUGCAGCUGGGAGAGCUCGACACUGCCUACCAAAUGGCUCUGGAAGCAGAGUCAGAGCAGAAAUGGAAGCAGCUGGCAGAACUGGCGACCACAAAGUGCCAGUUUACCAUGGCCCAGGAGUGUCUGAACCAUGCUCAAGAUUACGGGGGAUUACUGCUGCUGGCCACAGCCUCGGGCAACACCGACAUGGUGGGCAAGCUGGCUGAGGGGGCCGAGAAGGAAGGCAAGACCAACGUGGCCUUCCUCACCUACUUCAUGCAAGGACGAUUGGACAAAUGUCUGGACCUCCUCAUCAAAACAGAUCGACUGCCAGAAGCUGCAUUCCUGGCAAGAACAUACCUUCCCAGCCAUGUGCCACGGGUGGUGAAACUGUGGAAGGAGAGUCUGUCCAAGGUCAACCAGAAGGCGGCAGAUGCUCUGGCCGACCCCACCCAGUACGGCAACCUGUUCCCUGGCCUCCAGCAAACCCUGCUGGCUGAGCAGUACCUGAAGGAGACUCAUGUUGGGGUCAGACCUGCUGCAGAAUACCCUCUCAUCAUGCCGAAUGAGGAUCGUAAUGUUCUGGAGGAAUCUGCAGGUUUUGUGUCCAAAGAGGAGGCCAGUGAGCCAGAGGAAGAGGUGCAAAGUGUGAAGGAAAGCUUCAUAGUAGCAGCAGCUGCACCUCCACAAGCAGCAGCACCAGCAGUGGAGGAACCAAUUCCACAGGAGGUGACUGAUCCUGUUUCAACAACAGAAGAAGAAUCCAUUCCAUCAGCAGCUUCACCUCUUCCUGUCGCCAUGACUCAGGAGGAGGAUGACCCCCAACAAGCAGAGUCUGCAUCCGCUGAGGUGGCUGCACCUGAACCAGAGGUGGCAGCAAUAAGGGAAGACACCCUCACUACAUUAGAGGAGGCUUCAGUCCCUGUGGAGGAAGACAUCUUGGAGGAGUCCAUCAUAGACACUAGCCCCAAAGAGCCAGAGAUGGUACAGUCCACACCUGCAGAGGACAUCCCAUCUCCAGUUAAGGAGGAUGUUCAGGAAAUGUCUCAAGUGACUGCUGAUGCUCCUAAUGACGCCAGUGAUUCUGAAACAUGCAUCACUGAGACAGCAGUAGAGACCGUCAUGGCAACAGAAGAAGCACCAUUGGAAACGGCUGCAACAAAAACCUUAGUAGCCGAGGAUGUUCCAGUUAACACAGCAUUACCACUUGACACAGAUGAACAAGCAACAGAAUCUGCAGCAGCUGAAGAAAUUCCUGUUUGUGACGAGCAGGAAAAAGAUGUGAUCUCUUUCGAUGAACCACCCGUCAUGAAUACAGAAGCAGUAGUAUUAGAAGUAGAAGCUGCUGUUACUAAGGAAGAGGUUUUGGAAACAGCACCAUCAGUGGUCACAGUGGAGGAGCUCAUCUCCUUUGAAAACACAGGCAGCUCAUUGCUGGAUGCGCCUGUGCAAGUCGAGACUUUGACCUUUGACCUUGAUCCACUGAUGGACCCACUUGAUGAUAUGAUGCCAGUAUUAAAGCCAGACCCAGCGCAAGAACCAAGAGAAGAGGGACAGUCCACAGAAGGGAAAGAGGACAGCCAGGAGCCUCUAGUGUCCCUGCAGGCCGAGUCACUGGUUGUAACAUCACCAAAAGCUCCUACAGAGACGGAGACAAACGUGGAGUCAGACGGGCCCGGACGUGACGAACCAGCAGAGGAACUUGAGCUGGAUAUGCAUGAGGAGGACCUGGAUGAUCUGGAUCUGGACAAUUUUGACUUGGAAGAUAUCGACACCACAGAUAUCAACCUGGACGACGAGUUGAUGAGUGAAUAAGUACAGAGCUAAAGUCUUUUCCAGUGUUUCAGUGACCAAACAACACAAAGGAUCAUGAUAUAGGCUGUCUUACAGACUCUAAUGCCUUUGAAACCUAAUUACCAGGUGUUUUUUGGAAGCAAGUUGAAAUAGUCAUAUUGAUAUGGAUUUGUAACUAAAUUCUGAUUCCAUGAGGUUAGUGUGAACAACUUUUAUUAUUCCUACCAGAGAACUAGCCUACAAACCGAAAGGGAAGCUAGUAAGUUUAAUGAGAAAUGGGGAUGAGUGUUUUUGCAGUUUUGUAUAAAUGUAUUUGAAAUGUGGCCUGGUACAUUGUAGUCACCCCGAUCCUUUCCCGUGGAGACUGAGGUGGCUUUGUUUACACGACACAAUUAAACAGUUUUUCUACCGUUCUGACAAUUUAUGGUCAAGUAGUUUUGUGAAAAUACAUAAAGUGUCAUCGGUUAAUAAUAAAACAAAAUGGGGGAAGUAUGCAUCAAACUUCCAGGUGUUUCACCAGUUGAUGGCCAAUCUUCAUGCAACUCAAAAUACUCCUCUGCUUCUUCCUUCCAGCAGUGCUGUGGCUUAGUUGGUGAAAGUGCCUGCCUAGUUAACAAGAGAAUCUGGGUUCAAUUCCCAGCCGUGCCUUUACUGAAUUUCCCCUUAAUCUCGUCUCUUAUACCUCAUUUUGUUGAUCAGGGUGUUAUCAAAGCCAUUGAGGAAUUCUUGAUUGCAGUUUUUGUGGAAUUCUAUGUGGAACAAGACUGUCUUCCAAAGACCUUUUUUUUUUAUUAUAUAUUGAAAAAUGUUAAAGACAAACACUAGGACAAAUCCCCCAUUUAGUUAAACUGGGUACUGUCUUACCCAUUGUUAUUUGACAACUUAUCCUGGUGCUUGUUUCUUUUUCAAAGCCAGAAUCAACACGACUUUUAGCUGAAUGUUUAUCCAAUAAUCUAAAACAGAACCAAGUGUCUGAACUUGAAAAAAAGAAUGAAAUGCCCAGCCUUUAAUAAAGUCUUCCCCAGUAUGUAA